AUGGUUUCGACGCGCUUCGAAAUUAAUAGCACGCCGCCCGUGCGGUAUCCUCGCUCGAUAUUCUUCAUCAUCAGCAAUGAGUUCAGCGAACGAUUCAACUACUAUGGCAUGCGAACGGUUCUGGCACUCUACCUUACGCAACAGCUCGCCUACAGCAAGGACACUGCCACCGUGAUCUACCACAUCUUUACCAGCCUGGCGUACUUUUUCCCCCUGAUGGGAGCCAUCCUGGCGGACAGCUGGUUGGGCAAGUUCAAGACCAUCUUCUACCUUUCGAUCGUGUACUGUGCCGGAAGUACGCUGAUUGCUCUCGGUGCAAUUCCGCCGUUGAAUCUUCCUGCCACCUCGAUGACCGUGUUGGGGCUGCUGUUUAUAGCGGUCGGUUCCGGCGGUAUCAAGCCGUGCGUGUCAGCGUUCGGCGGCGAUCAGUUUAAGCUGCCGGAACAGGCGGCCCAGCUGGCCAAAUUCUUUUCGCUGUUCUAUUUUGCCAUCAAUGCGGGUUCCCUCAUAUCCACCACGCUGACACCGAUCUUGCGCGAAGAUGUGCACUGUUUCGGCGAAAACAGCUGCUUCCCGCUCGCAUUCGGCGUCCCCGCCGUACUCAUGAUCCUGUCGAUCGUGAUCUUCGUGUGUGGCCGGACGAUGUACACGAUCAAGAAACCUUCCGGCAAUAUGAUCGUGCUGGUGUUCAAGUGUAUCGGCAAUGCGCUGUCGGUACGGUCGAAGGAACGCGUGAACAACCCACGGGAACACUGGCUCGAUUAUGCCGAGUCCAAGUACGGCAAAGGGAUUGUGGCGGACAUUAAGUCGCUGCUGAAAAUUCUCAUCCUGUACAUCCCGCUGCCCGUGUUUUGGGCCCUGUUCGACCAGCAGGGGUCUCGCUGGACGUUCCAGGCGACGCGGAUGGACGGUGAAGUCGCCGGAUACACGAUCAAACCGGACCAGAUGCAGGUGAUCAAUCCGCUCCUGAUUCUGGCCUUCAUUCCCGUGUUUGAGAGUGUCGUCUAUCCGAUGUUGGCCAAGAUCGGUAUUCGGCGCCCGUUGCAGAAGCUUUCGUUCGGUGGACUGCUGGCCGGUGCUGCCUUCGUGCUGUCCGGCUUCGUGGAGAUUGCGCUCGACCGGACGAACGCGGUCGUACCGGCCGCGCACGAGUCGCAGCUGCGCAUCUUCAACGGGCUACCGUGCGACUACCGCUUCCACACCGAUAUACCCAACCUGACCGGCUUCAACGUACCCUCGCGGGGAGCAUUCGAGGCGCUGCACAUCGACGCACCGGACGGCAACACCACGUUCCAGUUCCGGGCGGAGACGAGUGAAAUCGGGUGCGUGCGGGAAAACAUGACCGAGUUCAGCGGUACCUUCUAUCUGAAUCCGGGCAACGCGGUCAGCUACUUCAUCAGCCGGAAAGGUGGCAAGAGCAGUCUGGUCGAGUACGCCGACUCGGCGGAGAAGGACCGUAACGGGCUGCCCCGGAUGCGGCUGCUGGCGAACGUGCGAACCACCAAGCACAUCUCGCUGCGGCACAACGGCAACACCGCCAUCGUGUACAACAUUUCGCUCAACCGGUACGACCAGAUGGCCGUCACGGAGGGCGAGUACGGUGUGUACGUGGGCGAGCGGCUGAUUGCCACCGUCAAGCUAAGCCCGGGCGGAGUGUACACGCUCAUCUUGGAUGAGUUUCUGGAGAACGAAUUCAACCUUCAAACACACAUCAUCACUCCGUCCAACUCGGUGCACAUGCUGUGGCUGGUACCGCAGUACGUCGUCAUCACCGCCGGCGAGGUAAUGUUUUCCAUUACCGGGCUCGAGUUUUCCUACUCGCAAGCACCGGAAAGCAUGAAAUCGGUCAUCCAGGCGUUCUGGUUGCUUACGGUCGCGAUCGGCAACAUGCUGGUGGUGUUUAUCGCCGAAGCCAAAUUUGUCCAGUCCCAAUCGCUCGAGUUUUUCCUCUUUGCCGCGCUGAUGUUCCUCGACAUGGGACUGUUCAUGCUGCUGGCCAUACGGUAUCGUUACGCGGACACCGGUGCGUCGCUCGAUUCGAUCGAGGUGGAUACGAACGGCAAGAAGCGGAACGAUGCGCUAGCGGUAAGCGAUACGCUUUCGGAGCGAAGCGCCAAAAGCACCACCUACGCCAACGAAGCGUUCCGGGAAGACUGA